AUGGCUGCGCGUGCUUUGUGCGUGAGUGCUUCGCUACUGAUUGGCGCGCUUGGGGUGCACCCACCGCCAGACCAAUGUUGCGACGGCCCUGCGCGUCCUGUGAAGUGGGCCAACGUCUCCAAUACGUCAGCGCAAGCAGCCUAUUGUACCCAGUUGCUGUACAGCAAGGAGAACUCACUGGGCUGUGCUGCGCUUGCCGCCUGCACUUAUCAGGGAGAAGCGAUCUGGCUGAGCUGCCCAGAUGGGUUCGAAGCCGACUGUGUGCUGGGAUGCACGGCACUCCCACGACCUUCCAGCUGCCCAGAACCUCAGGAGGACCUCAUCGAAUGGAUCACCAGUCACGGGGGCUUCUUCAGCCCUCGCCUCCGCAUCGGAAGUGGAGAGCUGGGUCGAGGUCUAUUCGCGACAGAGGACCUCGAGGUCUCAGAGGUCUUGGUGUCGCUGCCCAGCGAACUCAUCAUCUUGGAUGGUCGAUCGCCAUGCCUGGCCAUCAAGCGCCUGCGCAAUGAGCUGCAGAAGGGUACAUGCUCCUUCUUUUGGCCUUACUUGAAGACAUUGCAUGGACUCGAGAUCAACGUGCCGGCAGUGUGGUCAGUAGAGGAUGUGGCAUUGCUAGAUGGACUUCCAACACCGAAAGGUGGCUGGCAAAGCUAUACCCAGCAGUACUUCCGGGAUUGCCUCGAAUCCGAUGGGGAUGCUUUGGCCUUGCGAGCGCUGCUUUUGUACCAUACGCGAGCUGGGCCUCUAGGCAUGACCCCUGUUGCCGACAUCAUGAAUCAUGGAUACAACCUGACCUGGCACGGAUUCGAUCAGGAGGAUUUCUCGAAGCCCCAUGGCAGAGGAACCUUUUGGUUUCGUGCGUCGUCAGAGAUCAAAGCCGGCAGCGAAGUUCUGAAUUCAAUGGUGAAUGGAGUGGCCUUUCGCCCAACUUUGGCCGCCGGCAUGCAUGCCGAUGACUUUGACGGGGCGCCCGAAAGUUUUAGGAACUAUGGGUUCAUCGAAGAUCCACCCGUCAUGUGGUGGUUUGACAGCGCGGCAUCCGGCACGCGCCAUGCCUGGAUCCAGAUGGAUGCGAAGGGCACGCCCGCCUGGUUUGCAGACACCGACGAUCACGGCCCUGGCACGAACCUGACAGGGUUGGUGGAAGAUGGCGCUGACUUGCUUGAAGAUCUGCAGGUGCGGGAGGCUCGCCUUGGCAUGCUCUAUGGCCCAGGGAGCGAGGACCAACCCUUCUCCUUCGAGCCCAAGCCGAUCGGCGGCCGGCAUCGGCAGAUGGCCCUGGCCUAUCGACAGGCUUUCAAGAACGCUCUGAAAGCAGCCAUGAAGGCUGCCAAAGCUGAGCUGAGCGGUAGAGAUGAGCUGUGA